AUGGGUAAAGGCAAAGGAAAAGCCGGUCGCAGGGAGGCCAAGCUGGCCGCCAAAAAGCUCAAUCAGGUACCCAAGAUCCCUGGCGUGCCCAAGCCAGCGCAACCACAAAAGAAGGCGAAGAAGAUCCCGUCCAGAGAGAAGAAAAGUACGAUCAAUACCAACAUGCCUGGCCCUGCUGCCUAUCCGAUCCCGAUGGGUCGCCCGAAGCCAUUCACCAAGAGCCCGCAGCAUGCGAAGUGGCCAACGCUGUUCAAGAAGCAUUUGCAGCUUAUCGAGUCGCAAAUUCGGGCAUUGGAUAGGAUUAUGCAGAGUAUGAAAUUGGAUAUGGUUACUAUGCCCGAGAAGGAGAGAUUGGAGUAUGAGUUGGGAGAGAGAGGAAAUUGGAGAGUUAUCUGCGGAAUGAUGGAUCGGACGCGAGAGGUGUUGGCAAUGGCGCGACAAGCGGCGAGAGGAAUUCUACCUUCCAGGGCUCUGCAAGACAAAAAAGGUCUCGGGGUCACCGGGACAAAUUACGAGCCAUUGGGACCUCAGCUUCAAAAGAAGGCUGCCGAUCUUGGUUACGAUCCGACGGGAAAGGGUGAACUUGGUAGAAAUUCCGAGGAUGUAGACGAAGAUGGAGAUACCGAGAUGUCAGAUGUGAGCGACGACACCGACUCGGAGGCAAGCGACAGCGAUAAGGAAGGCGCCGACUCGGAUGCAGCCGUUGAAUCGAACAAUUCCGACUUCGUCCAACCGAACAUCGGAGCAAAGUUCCCACGAUUCCCGAAUGCUGAGAACAGCGAGACAAUCGAAUCGAGCUCAAACAAGGAAAACAAGCCGGCGGGAGUUGAGCCAAACCCAUACUUCGUUGUCGAUCUUGAGCCUACACCCGUCGAACUGAACGACUCGGUAGGCGAGAAAAAUACCCGGAAGCGGAGGAGGGAAGAGGAAAAAGAAUUGCGGAGGGCUAAUAAAGAAGCCAAGAAAGCCGCACACAAGGCGACGAAGGAUGCUGCCGCAGCUGAUGCUAGCACUCUUCCGAAAGAAGCUACUCCGCCACUUGAGCCACGAGUCGACUUCGCAGCCCUUGAAGUAAAAUUGAAAGCUGAGAUUGCUGCUGGCACGAAAGCACAAGAGGAAGCUAAAGUGGCUCAAUCUGCGGAAGGCAACAAGUCGAAGAAGAAGCGGAGGAGAUCAAAUGAUGGCGAAAGCGACGAAGUUGCAGAGAAGAAGGCGAAGAUUGACAAGUCUGAGAAGAAGAAGCGGAAGGCCGAAGAGUCUGUUGCGGAUGAGGAUUUUUUGGAGAAGAAGUCCAAGAAGGAGAAGAAGGAGAAGAAGGAGAAGGAGGAGAAGGAGAAGAAGCGGAAGGCGGAUGAUAGCGCUGACCAGGAGGAGGUUGAGGAGAGUACGAAGAAGAAGCGGAAGCAUAAAAGUGCUAGCUAG